AUGACAACCUCGAUGCAACCGAGCAAGUAUACGGGCCUGGUCGCUGACCUGAUGCCCAACAUCCGGGCGAUGAAGUACUCCGGCCUGUUUAUGCACAACUUCACGGGCGGCAGUGCCUUCAUGAAGAAGGUGUACUCCUCCGCGCACCUGGUGUUCCUCCUCAUGCAGUUUACCUUCAUCCUGGUCAACAUGGCCCUGAAUGCCGAGGAGGUCAACGAGCUGUCGGGCAACACGAUCACGACCCUUUUCUUCACCCACUGCAUCACGAAGUUCAUCUACCUAGCUGUCAACCAGAAGAAUUUCUACAGAACGUUGAAUAUAUGGAACCAGGUGAACACGCAUCCCUUGUUUGCCGAGUCGGAUGCUCGGUACCAUUCGAUUGCAUUGGCGAAGAUGAGAAAGCUGUUCUUUCUGGUGAUGCUGACCACAGUCGCCUCAGCCACCGCUUGGACCACGAUCACCUUCUUCGGGGACAGUGUGAAGAUGGUAGUGGACCAUGAGACGAACUCCAGCAUUCCGGUGGAGAUACCCCGGCUGCCGAUCAAGUCCUUCUACCCGUGGAACGCCAGCCACGGCAUGUUCUACAUGAUCAGCUUCGCCUUUCAAAUUUACUACGUGCUCUUCUCGAUGAUCCACUCCAACCUCUGCGACGUGAUGUUCUGCUCCUGGCUGAUCUUCGCCUGCGAGCAACUGCAGCACCUGAAGGGGAUCAUGAAGCCGCUGAUGGAGCUGUCCGCCUCACUGGACACCUACAGGCCGAACUCGGCGGCCCUCUUCAGGUCCCUGUCAGCCAACUCCAAGUCGGAGCUAAUUCAUAAUGAAGAAAAGGAUCCCGCCACCGACAUGGACAUGUCGGGCAUCUACAGCUCGAAAGCGGAUUGGGGCGCCCAGUUUCGAGCACCCUCGACGCUGCAGUCUUUCGGUGGGAACGGUGGCGGAGGAAACGGGACGGUGAACGGGGCUAAUCCCAACGGGCUGACCAAAAAGCAGGAGAUGAUGGUGCGCAGUGCCAUCAAGUACUGGGUCGAGCGGCACAAGCACGUGGUGCGGCUGGUAGCUGCCAUCGGCGAUACUUACGGAGCAGCCCUCCUGCUUCACAUGUUGACCUCGACCAUCAAGCUGACCCUUUUGGCGUACCAGGCCACCAAAAUCAACGGAGUGAAUGUCUACGCCUUCACAGUCGUCGGAUACCUAGGAUAUGCCCUGGCUCAGGUGUUCCACUUUUGCAUAUUUGGCAAUCGCUUAAUUGAAGAGAGUUCAUCUGUCAUGGAGGCGGCCUAUUCGUGCCACUGGUACGAUGGCUCCGAGGAAGCCAAGACCUUCGUCCAGAUCGUGUGCCAGCAGUGCCAGAAGGCAAUGAGCAUAUCGGGCGCGAAGUUUUUUACCGUCUCCCUGGAUUUGUUUGCCUCGGUCCUUGGUGCCGUUGUCACCUACUUCAUGGUGCUGGUGCAGCUCAAGUAGGCUGCCGAUGAACCCACGGAUUUUUGUACCAGGAAAGCGAAUGCCAAGGAGCCACCGUGCCAGAC